AUGUCAGCAUCGACAUCAGUCAAUCAAAAUCAACAAACUGGUCAAAUUCCCAUUGCUCAACAGAACCAGCAACCUGGUGAAGGCAAAAACCAACAGCAACAACCUGGCCAAAGCAACAACCAACAGCAACAACAACCUGGCCAAGGCAACAACCAACAGCAACAACAACCUGGCCAACGGAAUAACCAACAGCAACAACCUGGCCAAGGGAAUAACCAACAGCAACAACAACCUGGCCAAGGCAACCAACAGCAACAACCUGGCCAAAACACCCAACAACAACAACAACAACAACAACCUGGCCAAGGCAAUAACCAACAGCAACAACAACCUGGUCAAGGCAAUAACCAACAGCAACAACCUGGCGUAGGCAAUAACCAACAGCAACAACCUGGCCAAGGCAAUAACCAACAGCAACAACAACCUGGCCAAGGCAACCAACAGCAACAACAACCUGGUCAAGGCAAUAACCAACAGCAACAACCUGACCAAGGCAAUAACCAACAGCAACAACCUGGUCAAGGCAAUAAUCAACAGCAACAACCUGGCCAAGGGAACCAACAACAGCAACAACAACCUGGUCAAGGCAAUAAUCAACAGCAACAGCCUAGCCAAGGCAACAACCAACAGCAACAACAACUUGGCCAAGGCAAUAACCAACAGCAACAACCUGGCCAAUGCAACCAACAACAACAACAACCUGGUCAAGGCAAUAACGAACAGCAACAACCUGGCCUAGGCAAUAACCAACAGCAACAACCUGGUCAAGGCAAUAAUCAACAGCAACAACCUGGCCAAUGGAACCAACAACAGCAACAACAACCUGGCCAAGGCAAUAACCAACAGCAACAACAACCUGGUCAAGUUGGUUGUGCACUGCAACAUCAGCAAGCAGGUCAGGCUACAAGUGGACAACAGCAACAGCCCCGAAUCAUACAGUAA